AGGGGGAAUCAGAAGACGCCACUUUUAGUCUUGCCCCAUCACACGAGUGCGUUCCCAGUGAAAAUACCAGUUGAGGCGCAGCGGGUCUCGGCUGACCUCUCCAGCUCCCCAUGGUUCCGCUAUGGACGCAUCGAAAGCCAGCACCGACUCCAAAGCGGGCUUCGACCCGACCAAAGCACUUGUCAGUGACGGUUUAACUUUUCUCCCCAAUCACCAGGGAAAAGUGGGCUCAUACUCAGUGCAGACUUUUAAUGGGAGCCAAACUAUGAGCUGUCACGGCGCAGGAGACGCUGGCCCCGGCGUGGCGUCGACCAUCGGUCCCAGCGGCGGCGGCUCGGUGCUGUCCAAAGUGCAGCCCAGCAGCGUCAUCCAGACGCCGCUCGUGAACUCGGAGAGUGCCGCAGCCGGUCAGCCCGGGAGCCAGGCAGCAUCAGGACCCACCGUGACGCUCGUCAGGCAGCCCAUGCAAACAGCGGGGUCGGGUGCAACUUUGAACGGGAGCCCCGCCGCGGCAACAAAUCAGACGGCUCAAGCUCCGCCCGUGCACACCGGCCAGCCGGGCUGCUCUGCGUCUGUCAUCGCAGGCUCGCACAUUGUCACGGCAGAGCCCCCCACCACCAUCAUACAGUCAGCUCCGCAGCCCACCGGCACCAUCAGUGCCCCACGACCCCCGGUGAUGGCAGCUACUGGGGGGGCCAUACCCCAGAUGCUGACCCCGAGACUCCCCCAGCCGAACCCGGGACAGCCCAGCGUGCACAACUUUCAGCUCCACUCGGGGAUGGUGCUCAUGCACAGCAACAGUGGACAGCUGUUGAUGAUUCCUCACCAGGCUCUCGCCCAAUUGCAAGCGCAGGCACAGGGAGGCAUGGCGCCUCGGACCGCUACACCAAUGAACGUGUCCACAGGACAGGCUCCUGGAAACACAAUCAUCAGCCGACAUGUGUCUCCAAGCACCAUCAUCCGACAAAGCUGUCCAGCUGCAGCGCCGCUCUCUGCGACCACCACCCUUCACAGACCUCCUCUCCUGCCGGGCUCAGUUGGGGCCACGACACCAGGAAUCACCCCUCGGACCCUCAGCCAGACAACUGGGACCACAGUUACUUCAGUAACAGUGAGCAAAGAGACGUUGGAGCUUGUGAUGAAAUGUAAAAACUUCUUGUCUACACUGAUGAAGCUGGCGUCCAGUGGGAAGCAGUCCACAGAGACUGCAGCCAUCGUGAGAGAGCUGGUCAAAGACCUGCUGGAGGCCAAGCUGGAAGCUGAAGAAUUCACCAGCAGAUUGUACAAAGAACUCAAAUCUUCACCCCAACCAUAUCUCGUGCCUUUUCUAAAGAGAAGCCUCCCUGCUCUGAGGCAGCUCACACCAGACGCAGCAGCUUUCAUUCAGCAGAGUCAGCUUCCUCAGCCAGCCUCAGGUCCAAGUCCAGGUCCAGUCUCCUCUGCUUCAUCUCCCUCCACCACAAUGGUUCUGGGCAGCCCGGCCCCUCGCCUCACUGCUCCCAUCUGUAGGCCCCAGCUCCAGCCAGCCAUCAGCAACCCAGUACAGACGACGUCACUGGUUCUCCAGCCUCAGCAGCAAAGAGCAAUUUUGCGACCUCAGCUAACUCUACCAACAGCCUCCAUGAACGCUCUGAGAACUCAGGCUCCCGGUCGCAUCAUGGUGGGACAGCAACAGGUACAGCUGAAAGAGCUGCAGCCAGUUCCCUUGAGGCCGGAGGCGCCAGUUGUUUCCAAACAACUCUUUGGUGCAGCUUUGACCCAAGCUCAAAAGAUGAAGCUGAAAGAGGCGGGUGGCAUGUUCAAAGAUGAUGAUGACAUCAACGACGUGGCCUCCAUGGCUGGAGUAAACCUUUCAGAGGAAAGUGCUAAUAUCCUCGCCACCAACUCUGGACUUGUUGGCUCAGUGACACAUUCCUGUAAGGACGAGGCUUUUCUCUCCUGUGCCGUGCUGCAGAGGAGAAUGCUGGAGUUAGGUAGGAAGCACGGAGUAACGGAUCUGGGCAUGGAGGUCGUGAAUUAUGUCUCCUAUGUCACUCAGCAGAGACUCCAGAACCUGCUAGAAAAAGUGUCCCAAGUAGCUCAGCAGAAAAAUGUCAACUUCAAGGAGGAUGACAACUAUGAGCAGAUCAGUGACGUUCGGGCUCAGCUGAAGUUCUUUGAGCAGCUGGACCAGCUAGAGAAGCAGAGGAAGGAGGAGCAGGAGAGAGAAAUCCUCCUGAAGGCAGCUAAGUCUCGAGCUCGACAAGAGGAUCCAGAGCAGCUGCGUCUGAAGCAAAAGGCUAAAGAGAUGCAACAGCAGGAGUUGGCUCAGAUGAGACAAAGAGAGGCCAACCUGACAGCUUUGGCAGCCAUCGGCCCCAGGAAGAAGAGAAAGAACCUGGACUCUCCAUCUUCAUCUGCUUCAGCUGAGGGAUCAGGAACGGGUGCCUCUGUGACGGGCGGGGCUGGUUCAUCGGGGUCCAGACCCACUCGGCAGCGCAUCACCCGCGUCAAUCUCAGGGACCUGCUGUUCUGCUUGGAGGACGAGAGAUUCACCCGUCACUCCCAUUUCCUCUACAAGGGCUUUCUCAAAUAGACUUGAUGAUGUCAGGGAGAGGAGGACAAGGAGGAGCAGGUAGAGGAGUGGAGGGUAACGGUGUGUGUGGAGAAACCAAUUACUCCCUCCACAAAGAUUGUAAGCGGCUCCUUAAAGUGAAGAGGAGGACAUCAAGCAUCAACAAGAUAACAUGAACUAUACUUGAAGGCUUCUCUACCUCCCUCUUCAAAUAACGCCUAUUUUCCUUCAGAGCCAAUGUCCCUUUAUUUAACCCGAGCUACUGCUUCUUCAACAUGGUGCAAAGAUGAGUCGUGUUUUCUGACGAAGGUUUGUGUGUGUGUGUGUGAACAAAUGAUAUAAUGUACAACUCUGCACUGUUUUAUAUUUUAACCUACAGUAUGGCUUACUUUUUUGAAUAUUUGUAUGCAAAAUUUGUUUCAAAGCUACAAAAAUCACUUGUUUUAUUAGACCACCAGUUACAACCCCAAUUUAGAAGAAGUUGGAACAUUGUGCAAAUUUGCAGAUUUUAUAAAGUCAUAUUUUCCCCCACAAUGGAACAUAGUAA